AUGUUGUUGCAACACCUCAAUGUCAACACUCUGUUGCACAACAUGCGUGCACAGAUUUUGAAAUUAACCACACAACUUGCUAAGCUUCAGGAAAACCCCCCUGAGGCUACAUCUGAACAAAAGUUCAGCAAAAAGGUCAAGAUCAUUGCUGACCCUGGCGCUUUCGAAGGAGACUGGGCUCGAUUUGCCAAAUGGUGGGUCAAGCUCCAAAUUUGGAUCAAAGUGAACUGGGACGUGUUUGCUGAUGAUUUUGAAAUAGCGACAGCGGUGCUGUCAAGGCUCAAAGGACCUGUGGCGGGUCGAUACACCCAAGUAAGACUCCAGGAAUGCUACACCACGGGUGUGUGGCCUACCUGGGAUGAUCUCAAAGUCGAGAUCAAAAAAUACUUCAAACCGCAAGCUGAGCGUGACUGGGCGCAUCAGCAAAUCUUCGAGAUCAAAAAAUACUUCAAACCGCAAGCUGAGCGUGACUGGGCGCAUCAGCAAAUCUGUACCUUCAAACAAGGAAACAUGAGGACAGAUGACUUUGUUACCCGGUUCUUGGCCCUCUCCAUCCAAGGGGCGUCCCUCUUGGAGCGUGGCCCCGGCGAGACAAACACUAUGGUGCUUGAUUCUGGUAAAUAUAAAAAUAAAAAUAUAGAAAAUCCUAAAAUAGAAAAACAUGUUUCUUUUGAUACCUCUUCCUCUUCUUCUCUGGAGCCACUUUCCUCGGAAAUCCCAAGGCGUGUGUUGAUGUGCACGUAUUUAUUCCAAAAAGAGAUCCGUUUAGAUGUUGGUGUGGAAAACCUUGCCCGGGGCAUAGUACACCCAACCAGCACACUGCUUGAUUCAGGCGCUAACAGCAUUUUCAUAGAUCAGGUCUGGGCGGAGCAAAUUGGACUCCCCCUUGUAAAAUUAGAUGUAUCUAUUCCUGUCUAUAACAUUGACGGUACACUUAACGCAAUGUCAUGCACCAAAGUUGAUUGGUAG